AUGGUAGAGCUCAUCAACUACUCUCAGUAUCACAUUAAUGUGCGUAUGAGUGAUGAAUCAGGCAGUAAUAGAUGGUUGCUAUCUUGUUUCUAUGGCCACCCUGUUACAAGCUUAAGAAAUAAGACUUGGAGCUUGUUAUCAUCUUUUAAGCCUGCAGUUGGGGGAUGGGGAGUCAUAGGUGAUUUCAAUGAGAUACUGUACAGUGAUGAGAAGGAAGGAGGAAAUCCUAGGAGUGAGUAUUUGAUGAGACAAUUCAAGGAGGUGAUGGAGGAAGGCAGUUUAUGUGAUCUAGGGUGGGCUGGAAAUAAAUUCACCUGGAGCAAUUGCCAUGAAGAUGAAUCUUUCACUAAAGAGAGAUUGGAUAGAGCUAUAGCUAAUGUUGAUUGGAAAUCUCUAUACCCGGUGCAUACAGUUGAGACUCUCCCAGCCAUCUGUUCUGAUCACAGCCCAAUAUUGUUAGAUUUCAGUAUUGAGAGGUGUUCAUUUCGAAGAUGGCAUCAUUUCUUCAAGUAUGAGGCCAGCUGGAAUAAUGAGGAGGGUUGUAGUGAGGUUGUAGCAGAAGCAUGGAAUAAACGUAUGGGAGAGAGGAGCAGGAUGGAAGGGUCUGAGAACUCAAGAGAACAGAAAAAGCUUCAAGUGGACCUUAAUCACCUUUUAAACCAAGAAGACAUAAAGUGGAAACAAAGGGCUAAAAGACACUGGUUGGUAGAAGGAGACAGAAACACCAAAUUCUAUCAUGCAUGUGUGAACCAAAGAAAAAAGAAAAAUGCCAUCAGGAGAGUGAAGGACUUGAAUGGGAAUGAAUUAGUAGAGAAAGAAGCUAUAGCUGAAGGUUUUAAGGCCUAUUUCAAUUCAGUUUAUCAGUCCACUCAACCUGACUCUACAUGCAUCAACAAGUGUCUGCAGGGAAUAGAACUUAAGGUUUCAAAUGAAAUGAGAACUAAGCUGGAAAGGAAUUUCACUGCUAAGGAAGUAGAAGUGGCUCUAAAGCAAAUGUCUCCUUUCAAGUCACCUGGACCCGAUGGGUAUAAUGCAGGCUUCUAUCAAGAACAUUGGAAGACUGUGGGGCAGGAUGUGUCCAGUGCAGUAAUGGAGUUUCUGAGUUCAGGAAUAAUGCCAUGGAGUUUGAACCAUACCCAUCUUGUCCUUAUUCCUAAGUGGACUAACCUUCUAAUGAACUGUGUCAGAACAGUCACUUACUCUACUAUUUUGAAUGGCAUACCAGGAGAGGUAAUCACACCCUCAAGAGGCUUGAGACAAGGUGACCCUUUGUCACCUUAUCUAUUUCUCUUAUGUGCUGAAGCUCUCAGUUCUCUUUUGAGUAGUGCUGAACAGAGAGGCAUCAUCAAGGGGGUUGCAGUAUCAAGGAAUGGAACCAGAAUUAACCACCUGCUUUUUGCCAAUGACUGUGCUAUUUUUUGCAGAGCUAAACUGGUUGAAUGGUACCAGAUCAAGGGCCUUCUGUCAGUAUAUGAGGAAGCAUCGGGCCAAACACUAAAUAAAGAGAAGACAAGUGUGUUUUUUAGCUCCAAUAUAAGAGUGGAAACAAAGAAUUUUAUUUUGCAGCAGGUAAAUGGCUCAAGGUGUAACAACUAUAACAGGUAUCUUGGACUUCCAACAAUUGUGGGCAGAUCGAAAUAUAACACCUUCAAAAGUCUUAAGGAAAAGGUGUGGAGGAGGGUCAAUAGCUGGAAGCAUCGGUUUCUUUCCUCUGCUGGGAAGGAAAUUCUAAUUAAAAGUGUGUUGCAAGCCAUCCCAACCUAUGCCAUGAGUGUGUUCAAGAUGCCUGGAAAGCUACUAAAAGAAAUGGAAGCUAUCAUAGCCAAAUUCUGGUGGUGUCAAAAAGAGGCAGAAAGGGAUAUCCAUUAG